AUGCGGUUUUGUGUUGACUACCGCCGCCUGAACGACGUUACGAAGAAGGACAGCUAUCCCUUGCCAAGAAUUGAUGACACACUGGACAUGCUUACAGGGGUAAAGUGGUUUAGUACGCUGGACCUGAAAAGUGGCUACUGGCAGGUUGAAAUUGACCCUAAGGACAAGGAGAAAACUGCAUUCUCCACAGGAAAGGGUCUGUGGCGAUUUAAAGUCAUGCCAUUUGGAUUGUGCAAUGCUCCAGCAACGUUUGAAACGUUGAUGGAGUUUGUACUUACCGGGCUAAUUGGAGAUGCCUGUCUGGUCUACUUGGAUGACAUCAUCAUUGUAGGCCGUACGUUUGAGGAAGACCUUCAAAACCUGGAACGCGUGCUCAUGAAGAUCCAGAGUGCCAACCUCAAGUUGAGUCCGAAGAAGUGCUCACUAUUCAAACAGCAAGUUAGCUUUUUGGGGUAUGUAGUGUCGGAAGAAGGUAUCCGCACGGAUCCAGAGAAAAUUGCCGCUGUUAAGGAGUGGCCGGUUCCAAAAGACAAGACACAAGACAUUUUUGGCGGUAAAUCUCAUGGCAAUGCGGACGCAUGGCCAAGAAGACCUUGCCCUGAAGAUUGCAAGUAUUGUGCUAGACAAGAGGGUAAGGAAGUGGUAUCUGUGAGGAUGCUCAGGACAGACCAGCUCAGCAAUGAGUGGAAGGACAGCCUACAACAUGCACAGCAGGAAGAUUCGGACAUUAAGCCGAUUCUGGAAUGGGUGAAGGCCAGUGCUUCUAAGCCCAAGUGGAGCGACGUCUCAGCGAUGAGUUCGACCACGAAAAGCUAUUGGGCCCAAUGGGACAGCUUGCUGAUUCAGGAUGGAGUCCUGUGCCGUAAAUGGGAAAAUGGUCGGGGAGACAGUUGUCAUUUGCAAAUGGUUGUCCCUAAAGCUAAAGUACCGGAUGUUCUACAGCUGUACCAUAGUGGUUGUUCAGUAGGCCACUUGGGAGUUAAACGAACUCUACUGAAGAUCCGAGAACGGUUUUACUGGGUCCACUGUCGUGACGAUGUGCGGCUGUAA